GUAUGUGUUCUCCCGAAGUUGCCUUGGUUUAUCCUAUAUCUUCCGCUGCGAUCGCGCUCUUCUUCGCUGAAUAGCCGGGGUCCUCCUACCCAUUUUAUAGUUGGCAGGUUGAAAUUCCCGGCCGAAAAUCGCUGGCAAUGCUGUCUUCUCGCUUUCCGAGUCUCCUCAACAUUGUCACCAAGCUGAUGGGAAUGCUGGUGUGUGUCUCGAACUUCUCGUCUCCUUCUUUCCCCGUCCCUCCUGGCCCUCUCGUUCCAUCACCGUCAAUCCGCCUCCUUCCUCUAUCAACCCUUGCGUACCAUGAAAUGAGAUGUGCGUGGGAGAAAAUGCUCAGAAAAGCUGUCGUUCGAAAACCGACAGCUCAAACAACCGUACCGUUUCCUCCGGCCAGAGUAAAUAGCAAAAAUCAAGACCGUCUAUGCCAUUGCCACACCGUAAUGCCCCAUUGCCUUGUGUGAUUUCAAAGCCACCGAUUGCUGCAGCAUUCAAAGAGAAAAUCCAUAACAAAAUAAACCAAUAGAGAAAACCAUCCAA